AUGUUCUGGUGUCAUUAUCAAUCCUUCAACCAAUCGCUUACUAUCCACGACAAGGCACAAACUGAGAUGAUCAAGACUGGCCUUAAGCAAAUUAAAGGGCUGCUGCGAGAGGUCAAAGGAAAGCACUCAGAGAUGGUUAAAUUGCCACUGGAAGUUAAUGAGAAGGACGAUAAAAUGUUUGAAAUGCAAAAUCAAGCCCUCGGCAGACGUUCUAUCCUUCAAACUCAUGCUAAUGCUUUCAUUGUCCGAAACUUUGAACUUCAUGAAUAUCCAAUCAUUCAACUCUUUGUCAUUUUGCCGGUCGAUGCCGCCAAGUGGGAUCCAAGACAACUCUUGAGGAACAAGUUCCGCCUUCGUUUCCUCUGUGAGUGUGGGGAUCACACUGCAAAGACAAGCAAGGGCAUUCAGAACCAAAUCCAUGUUGCCAUACAUGAUGGAUAUGAAAUCCAAAGCAACACAGAGUCCUUUCAUCCGAGGCGCUCAAAGCUAAUAGGACUUUGA